ACCCAGGCGCUGCCAUGUGGCCCCUGGCCUCUGCGAUUGCCUUCCUGACCACGGCCUUGUCCUCGUCAAGCGGCGUCUCUCAGGAACAUCCCAAGAUUAUCAACAGCACCAAUGGGACCAAUGGGUUUCUCCCCGGCGGCUACACCUGCCCUCCCCACUCUCAGCCCUGGCAGGCAGCCCUGCUGGUUCAGGGGCGGCUGCUCUGCGGGGCAGUCCUCGUCCACCCCCGCUGGGUCCUGACUGCAGCGCACUGUCUGAAGGAUGGAUACCGAGUGUCCCUGGGCAAGCAUACCCUGGAGCACGAGGAGGCUGGAGAGCAGGUGCGGGACGUCGCCCGCUCCAUUCCCCACCCUCUGUACCGGAGCAGCCCCACUCACCUGAACCACGACCACGACAUCAUGCUGCUGGAGCUGCAGUCGCCCGUCCGUCUCUCGAGCCACAUCCGCGUCCUGCCUCUCUCCCACAGCGACUGCCUCCCGGCCGGCACCUGCUGCCGCGUGUCUGGCUGGGGCACCACCAUCAGCCCCCGGGUGAGUUUCCCACAAGCCUUACAGUGUGCCAACAUCCAGCUACGCUCAGAUGAGGAGUGCCGGCAAGCCUACCCGGGGAGGAUCACGCGCAACAUGGUGUGUGCCGGCUCCCCCGAGGGCGGCAAGGACUCCUGUGAGGGCGACUCGGGAGGCCCCCUGGUCUGCAACGGAAGGCUCCACGGUAUCAUCUCCUGGGGAGACUUCCCCUGCGGGCAGCCCAACCGGCCCGGCGUCUACACCCGCGUCUCUCAAUACAUUUCAUGGAUCCAGGCAACCAUCCGAGGACAGAGACCCCCAGAGCAGGAAUGGACGCAGGGCCCACAAUAAAAGUCGGGUUGACUGACCCAGCUCCUCACUCCCUCGGAGCCCUCCUUCCGCAGCCUGCCCAGCCCUCCCUGACCCCUCCCAGGGCACCCCACUUGAACCGGCGAUCCGUGUUCCCGGCGUGUCACACCCUGGGGAUGACAUUCCGUGUUUCCAAAGCACUCGGUCCCCGUCGGCAUCACGGUCUACCGGGCGUUGGAUCCCUGAAACACCCCAGUCCCCCCCGAGAGUCCCGACCCGGAUACGUUCCGGGUCUCCCAACUGUGUCAGCAUCCACCUAGAUCACCAUCUAAACCAGCGGUUCUCAACCUGUGGGUCGCGACCCCUUGGGGGGUCGAAUGACCCUUUCACAGGGGUCGCCUAAGACCAUCGGAAAACACAUAUAUAAUGACAUAUUGUUUUUGUGAUGAAUCACUAUGCUUUCAUUAUGUUCAAUUUGUCACCAUGAAAUUGGGGGUCACCACAACAUGAGGAACUGGAUUAAAGGGCCGCGGCGUUAGGAAGGUUGGGAACCACUGAUCUAAAUGUUCUGUCUGUGGAACACAGAGGUACCUCCAGCCCAUCCCAGCGAUAUUCUAUGUCCCAUGAAUGUACCAUUUUUGGAAAUAUUCUAUACCCCUCCAGAUACUUACUCAUUGCCAAUAUUUUAUUUUAUACUAGAGGCCUGGUGCACAAAAUUUGUGCACUUGGGGGGAGGGGUGUCCCUCAGCGUGGCCUAUGCCCUCUUGCAGUCCGGGAGCCCUCCGGGGAUAUCCGACUGCCACGGAGGUGGGAGAGGCUCCUACCACUGCCAAUGUACUUGCCAGCCGUGAGCCCAGCUUCCGGCUGAGUAAUGCUCCUCCUGUGGGAGUGCACUGACCACCAGGGGGCAGCUCCUGCAUUGAGCGUCUGCCCCCUGGUGGUCAGUGUGCGUCAUAGCAACCGGUCGUUCCGCCAUUCAGUUGGUUUGCAUAUUAGCCUUUUAUGAUAUAGGAUUUUUCUGUGCUUUUAAAAAAUAAUUCUUUAUUGUUGAAAGUAUUACAUAGGCCCCCUUUUCCCCCUCAUUGACCCCCUCCAGCCCGCCCCAGGCCUUCACCACCCUAUUGUCUGUGUCCAUAAGUUAUGCAUAUAGCAGUGAUGGCGAACCUAUGACACGCGUGUCAGAGGUGACACG